AUGGCUGCCGUGCCCAGUGGAGCUGGAUCGAACCACGGAGCCCGAGACGCUUUCGGACUCCUUGAGUACUGGAAAGCCGAUGAAAAAGCACGGAGACCCGCUGUAUGUCCUUGGAAGACCAGAGACAAACUGAUCAACAUGGCCAAGACUUCCGAAGCGGACCUCUACAGCAACUAUUCGAUACCAGACUUCAUAAACGAUCAGCUAACAAUUCAAGGACACCCUCGCGCUCGUGGCAAACACGAAAUCGACACCACAGUCCUUUUCGACUCACAAAAAGACCGGGAUCUUGAGCGAGUACAAUGGCUGGACCAAUACCCCCCACGGUGUGCUAUACAUGUACGCCCAGGCUCGGCCUCGAGACUCCUGCUUACGAAAGUCCUAUGGACGUGUGCCGAGGGACGCGUUGUCCUUGAUCGAGACAACCACCCUUUCAAGGAUUAUAGGAGUAUUAACAUGUCGACGUGA